AUGCCCCGCCAAUCAGCCAGACAAGCUGCCCAAGCCAAGCCAACCGCAGAAGCCAUCGGCAGGGUCGAAGAGAAAGUCGUCGCAACCAAAGUCUCAAAGGCAAAGUCGGCCGCCUCCGUUGUCGAGUCCAAGGUGGAAGUAAACAAAAGAGCCACAACCAAGCGCAAAGUCGACUACAACGAAGACAAGGAAGAUGAGAGCGUCAAUUCUAAUGUCAAUGACAUCAAUGACAUCAAGGAAGAAGAAGACGACGAACCCUCCACCAAGCCAGCCCCCAAGAAGCGCAAAACAACCACCACCUCCAAAAAGACAGACGACAGCAUGCCUCUCGCCGCCCGCACCCCCCUGAACACCCUCAAACUAGCCAUGAAGAUUGGCGCCCACGUCUCCGCCGCCGGGGGGGUUCAAAACUCCAUCACCAACGCCUCCAGCAUCGGCGCCAACGCCUUCGCCAUCUUCCUCAAACCUCACCGAACCUGGAAAUACCCCCCCUUCUCCCCAGAAACCCCCUCCCUCUUCUCCUCCCUCCUAAAAACAAACACCUACACCCCCGACAUCAUCCUCCCCCACGCCAGUUACCUCAUCAACCUCGCCCAACCCGACAAGGAAAAAUCCACCCAAGCCUACUCCUCCUUCCUCGACGACCUGAAGCGAUGCGACGCCCUGGGCAUAACCCUCUACAACUUCCACCCGGGAUCAACCGGCGGCCUCCCCAUGUCCGAAGCCUGCGCCCGGAUAGCCUCCCACCUCAACACCGCCCACAAAGCCACCAAAUCCGUCAUCACCGUCCUAGAGAACAUGUGCGGAAGCGGUAACAUCAUCGGCUCCUCCUUCUCCGACCUCGCCACAAUCAUAUCCCUCGUCGAAGACAAGUCCCGCGUCGGCGUCUGCGUCGAUACAUGCCACGCCUUUGCCGCCGGCUACGACAUCCGCUCGCCGGAAGCCUACGCCAAAACAAUGAGGGAAUUCGACGAGGUCGUUGGGCUAAAGUACUUGAAAGCCUUCCAUCUAAAUGAUAGCAAAGCCCCCUUUUCAUCACACCGGGACCUUCACGAGAAUAUCGGACAGGGAUUUCUUGGGUUGAGAGCGUUCCACAACGUGGUCAAUGAUGAGCGGUUACAGAACAUCCCUAUGGUGCUCGAGACACCUAUUGAAGUCAAGGGGCCGGACGGCAAAAAGACAGAAGACAAGAAGAUCUGGGCGGAUGAGAUCAAGCUGCUCGAGUCGUUGAUAGGGAUGGAUGCCGAUUCAAAGGAAUUUAAAGAUUUGGAGGUGGAGCUUCAGAAGAAGGGCGCGGCAGAGAGGAAGAGGAUUCAGGAGCAGGUGGACAAGAAGGCUGACAAGGAUGCCAAGAAGGCGGCGCCAAAAGGGAAAAAAGGGGCCGCUGCUGCUGCGAAGAAAAAGAAGAAGACCGAAGAGGAGGCGUGUGAUUCUUGUGGUGAGGAGAGCGAAUAG